GUCCAGUCUUGACUCUCGCUUCUACAGUCCCUAAUGCUGCAAAGGGCAUGAUUGCCGGGGAACACGCUUGUCGCCAGCUCUACUUGCCUGCUAACUGGUACCGUACCGAGCGUACUUGCUCUUUCUAUUUUUUUUAUCUUUUUUCCUUUUUAUUUUGCUUUUGUUCCAUGAGGCUAUCGCUCCUCCCUGGAAGACGAUCCAUCCAGACACAAAAGUCCCGCCCCAUUUCGGCCCAUAGACACCCAUCGAACUACACUUACAAACCAAAACUUUUCCCACUUAAUUUCUAGUCUUGGCUUUCCGCUUUUAGGAUUGGGAAAUCUUCUCGCGCCUGGAUUUGACGCCCCGGAUUUCCACUGCCCGUCCAGGUUCUCAUUGUCGUAUCCAGCACAUCUCCAUGUUUAUUAUUACUACCACGGCUGCAUACCCUCUUUGAAAUCUGACCGAUCCCAGUCCCCCGUCAUUCGUUCUCCGACCCGACCUUUUGGUUCUCCCAUUUACACACCCAACCGCACAGCAAUUUGCACUCGUUUUAUUUUUUUCUCUCCAAGCAACAGAGAAAAGAAUUCAACAACCAUCGACUCCCAUUGCCCUGCAUGGGUAUAUGCAACCCGCAUUCUCUUCGUUUCCAACUACCACCAUCACAUCACCGCAGCGCCAGAGUACUGUCUCUUGUGUGGCGGUGAGUACCCAAACCAGGAACUUUUGCGCCCUGAUCGACACCGCAUACCGAACCACAUAUCCAGGACUUGACACCGCCAGGGUUGGCUCCCUCCGAAGCAAUGUCUGAGCCACAUCAUUAUCAUCAUCAUGACCAAGGGGAGGAAUUCGAAGGGGCACCCUCGCGACAGGAGGCGGGCAGGUUAAAUAAGAGGGACUCGAAGCUUGCGUUGAGGAACUUGUUUCACAGAAACAGAUCAGCUACCGAAGCCGAACGAAUGUCGACUGUCGCUCCCAGAGAUACACCAACGAGGUCCGGAGGUCUGCGCGCCUCCAUCGCCAGUGUUAGCCACUGGCCCUAUGGACUGCAUAACGAUAAUGGCCAAGCCCAGCGGUCCGACGUGACGUUAUCCGGGUCCGCGGCCGGAUCUCCUCUCGCAUCUACCUUCCCGGCCCAAACUUUGAAACACAAGAAAUCAGCAAGUGCAGUGCGUGGGCACGCAUCGCCUAGAGCAUCAAGGGGAUCCCUGGCUGCCUGGGAUCCACCAACCCUUUGCCAAGUUUAUCCCCAAGCCAUCAAGCAAGCCCGUCUUCCUGCCUGUACCGCUUCAGCUGAGGCUAUACUCAGGCUGCAUCAACACAAGGGCAUCUUCUCGAUUAGCGACGCUUUUGGAUCAAGCUCAACAACAGCUGCAGAUGGGGCAACUCCGUCGACAGCAGGAGCUGACAGGUCCGAGAGAGGGAAGAGGAAGCACCGCCGCAAUACCUCUGGAUCGGUUGCCCUCAAGUUAGACUGGACGACCAAGUUUUUCGUGCUUAUUUCGGGAUACUUGCUCCAAUACACUGGGGAUGGGCCCUUGGACCGUCUGCCGGAGAAGAUCUUGCCGCUCGGAAAGGACUCAGCUGCCUUUGUAAGCGAUGUUAUUCCAGGACGUCACUGGGUAUUGCAGAUAACCGCCACAGCCGAUUCGGACUAUGCCGCCCCAGCAUCUCACGCCAGCUCAUUGCUUUCCCGGCUGCCUUUUCGAGGUGACAAAAGGCAGGCCUCCAACCUUUUGAUGGUAUUCGAGAACGCGCCCGAUAUGGAGAGUUGGUUGGCCACGCUUAGACGCGAAAUCGAAGGCCUCGGAGGAAAGAAGAAGGUCUCGGAGACAGGAAACACACAUUUCGACAAUGAGGCUUCAGAGCUUCGAAGCCAGACGAGCCAAAGAACUUUGGUAGUUGAUGAUUACGUCGGGACCAUGUCUGGUGAUGCGUGGGACGGACGCCAGAGCACCUCCAAUCUGGAUAUUAAUAUGGACUUCACUGAACGAGGUCAGUCCUUUGACGAGGCUGCGUCCACCGCUAGCGUAAUCUCUCAUGAUGGUAGACAGCUAGACGGACUUAGGGACAGUACUCAGCGGUUUUCAUAUCUGUCGUCCGGGCAGCGUACAGCCCUCACGUCAGCUGGGUCAUCACCAGCAUGUUCGCCUAUUCACGACUCUUUUGCAAACCUUCAGGACUCCAUUCCAGAGCUCACCGCCCUUGAUGACCAACCCCGACCGCGACCAAGACCGAAUGCAGCAGCGAUCAGUGACAGAAGACAGUCUCUGCAGACGUCGAAUCAUCUCCUCGAAAUGCGUCUCGCCGCCUCUCAUCCCCUCUCGAGUUUGAGCACGUGGAAUUUCGAUCCCAGCAGCCCUUCGAGCUCUAGCAAACGAUCCAGCCAGCGUUAUUCGCUCACUAGGUCAACAAAAUCCCUCCCGGAAGAGGAAGUUGAACCAUCUUCUCCACCUCCUCCGCUACCUUGUCAGAUGCGCGGCGGUUCACGGAGACCCCCGCCCUCGGCUCUGUGCCUCAACUCACGCCCGCUCUCUUUUGUGGUGGAUCAACCGUCGCCUGAAUCGCCGUCGCUUGAUAGGAAAGGUGUUUCAAUCGAAGUAGCUGAUGAGACAGCACCGGAACCGGAGUCCCUUUUCUCGUCUUGGGGAUUGCCGGACGCAACCAAGCAACGUUGUGACAGCGGCGAGGACUGGGAGAAUCUCUCUCCCACACAACCUGUCACACAUGGUAGCCCUGAAAAGAGGUCAGGCUAUGCUCCUCCAUCAUCAGUGGCUUUCCAAGACAUGCUCAGAUCCACUCCGUCCGUCGGCGAUUACCCAGGUAGCCCAUCGAAGCGCGCCGAUAGAAGAUUUAGUCUGCAGUCUCAGCUGUCAGAAAGGUCAAGCGAACCUGAUCGCAGUUUCCUUGAUCUGAGUGACCUCGGUGACGAUCUCGGCGACCUUCCCCAGAUAUCUUCAACUUCACUUUCGAAGCAGGGCUCGAGACCCGCGCCCCAUUUUAGGUCUUUGUCGGUUGCCAACGGCGGCUUGGGUUCGCGACGGAAUAAGACACAGCUGGCGGAAGGUCCCCCACCUGCUCCCCCGCCGAAUCGUGCCCUUCCUCCAAUCCCGAGAAAAUCGUCACUUCAAGUCUGUCACUCAGCAUAUUCACCUUGAGCUGUGAUUUGCAUUUACUCGUAUCUGGCGCCAUACCAUCAUUCAACGCAUCGCCAUUUCUGGACGUCUAGGAAGCACGACCACUGAAGUUUCCGAGUAUCUGUCAGCGACAAUACUUGCAGAGCAAAGGGCGCCUGGGGAUUCAACUGAUAGAGAUAAACCGCCAUCGAACCGCUGAUUGACUCCGUCACCAUUUCCUUUGUCUCUCUUUUUUCAAGGUCGGGUUCAGUCGAAAAACAAGAUACCGGUUAGAUGGAUGGAAUAAGGAUGCAGGAAGCAAGAUACUGGAUACCCAGGUGAUGAGGGUACAUUUAUACCACCGGCGACAUCCGGAACGUAACGUGUGAACGAUCUCCUUUGUCAGGUCGAUUUGGUGCGGGAUUUGUCUUUUUUUGCCAUAUACCUUGUAUUAUGUAAUGUUGGGGUACCUACUGUGUAUGUAGGUGAUUAAUUGAGGAGGUGAGUGUGGUGGGCAUGAAGGGCGGGGUGGUUUUCGAUUCUCAAUCGGAGGAGGGGGGUCACAGAGUCAGAAGAAAGCUGGUGCCCGGCAGGCUCCGUGGCCAACUUAGAUAGCAGUGAGUUUAGAGCAUCAGAUAUGGAUGCUUGGAGAAAUCUGAAUCGAGUUCAAACUCUC